AUGAAGCUCUCCAUCGCGGCCAUCUCCUCAAUCUUGCUAGCUGGCGGCGCCCUCGCAGCCCCCCUCACCGAAGCCCGCCGUCAAGCACGCGCCCUCCGCGGCCGCGGCCCCUCCAACCGCGCCUCACACCCUCCCUACAAAGUCGGCAGCACUGAGCUCCUCUCCCUCUCCAAUGAGACCCAGGUAGAGUACAGCUCCAACUGGGCCGGUGCCGUGCUCAUUGGCACAGGCUACACCUCCGUAACCGGCGAAUUUACCGUGCCCACUCCCUCCCUGCCAACGGGUGCAAGCCGCAACAAGCAGUACUGCGCCUCUGCCUGGGUUGGCAUUGAUGGCGAUACCUGCAGCACCGCGAUUCUGCAAACGGGCAUCGACUUCUGCAUUCAAGGCUCCUCGGUUAGUUUCGAUGCCUGGUAUGAGUGGUACCCGGACUACGCGUACGACUUCUCCGGCAUCACCAUUAGUGCCGGUGACAGCAUCCGCGUGACCGUCGACGCGACGACACUUACCGCUGGCACCGCGACAGUCGAAAACCUGACCACUGGCAAAACUGUCACGCACACCUUUACCGGUGGCGUGGAUGGAGAUCUCUGCGAGUAUAAUGCCGAGUGGAUCGUCGAGGACUUCGAAAGCAAUGGACAGCUGGUCCCCUUUGCGGAUUUUGGCACCGUGACAUUUACGAGUGCUGAGGUGACCAAUGAUGGGAAGACUGUUGGGCCGAGUGGCGCGACGAUCAUUGAUAUUAAGCAGGGGAAUAGUGUUCUUACAGAUGUUUCGGUGACCGACGACUCGGUUACUGUUAGCUACGUCUAG